GAACCGAAAAUAAUAUGAAGCUAAUUAAAGGAACAAAUUCAAAAAACAGGCGAAACACUUGGGUCUUUCAUUUUGUUUGAGCACUCUGAUCAGACUAAGUGUAGAGCCACAAGACAAAAGGAAGAUCAAAGAAGGUGAAGCUCCAGUUAUGAAGAACAAACAAACGAUGAAGCCUUUUGCAGCAAUUCUGCUUUUCACAAUUCUUGCAGCAGCUGAUGCUGAGAGCCACCUUCUAGUUAAAUCACAAUGUAAAUGCAUGACUGUCACAUCCAAAACAGUUGUUUCUGUAUUGCCUAAUGGGGCACGUGUGGAGCACCUCAUGAGAGAUAUACACAUUGUAGUUCCCACGAGGAGCAGAGAGAACAUUUCAGAUCCAACCUCCCCUCUUCGGAACAAGUUUGUCUACAAAAUUUCAGAUUUCUGCAAGAAUUGCAACCAAAAGCCAACUUUACCUGAAGAGCCCCAAUGCAAACCCCCACCUCCCCCUGCAGACACCUGCUACGGCCGUAACAUCUAGAGAACGCCAAUACCGU